ACAACUGUAUCAGCAACUAUAUCGUAUAAGGAAAACUAAACACUCAAAACUGUGGUGAUAGAGGAAAAACCAUCGAAUUUUUAAAUUUUCGCGUAUCGUGAAUGAAACAUUCAUUUAAUUCAUUCUAAAAUUUAAAAAAUCGAGUUGUGUCAUUUAUAUUUCGCUAUUUUGUUGAUAAUUUCCGCCGAGUUUCUUUGUUUUUCACUUAUGGGAAGUGUCGGGAAGUGGUUAAACAAUGUUCGGGGAAACUGAUAGGAGAAUGUUUUUUAUUAUUUACUGAUCCGUUCAAUUGGGGAAAUGUAAAAUGUGUAAUAUUGGUCGGUGACAAAGUCGUGACCAACAGAUUAUUGUUUUCUGAAAAUUGAUAAAAAACAUAUUGAUGAAUAAUAAACGGGUGGUAUUUGGAAUAUUAAGGAAUACCUGAGAAUGGACGAGGAAUGUCAAGGACUUUUACCCACUUGGCCUGAUUCUGAUUAUCAGAUUCAGAUAAACCAAAGACGCGUCGCCGACGACAGUGGCGGGUAAGGGCGGCACCACAUCUCCCUCAGCACGGCUAACACCAACACCACGACCCCUAGUCAACAACAACCGCCUCCGAUGUCGAUGGAUAGUGGUGGUGGUAGUACCGGUACCGGUUAUGGGGGCGGGGGGGAGGUACUGACCGUUCGUAGGUGGGAACCGAUGCCCCCGCCCCCAGCUGGUGAUCUUUCCAUGGGUAUGGAUAACAAAGAACAAUUGCGGUACUCUUCCAUUCCGCAAAUUUCUAUGGCGCCUGGCCUUAUGCAGACAGGUUCGCAAAUGCCGCUACAAAAUCCACCGCCUCCACCUCCACCGCCUCCGCUGCCUCUGCAGUUACAACGGCCCUAUUCCAGGUCCAUGUCUUCACUGCCACCUGAACCUUUUAUGAUUAUGAGAUCGAAAGCACUGAAUAAAAGAGUUGUGAUUAAUGUUGGUGGAGUCAAACACGAAGUUCUUUGGAGGACUCUUGACCGUUUACCGCACACCAGGUUAGGUCGUCUUAGAGACUGCAAUACCCACGAAUCCCUCAGCGAACUUUGCGAUGAUUAUUCCCUCAUAGACAACGAAUAUUUCUUCGAUCGACAUCCUAAAUCUUUCAGUUCCAUUCUCAAUUUUUAUCGCACCGGUAAACUUCAUCUUGUAGAUGAAAUGUGUGUUCUCGCCUUUAGUGACGACUUAGAAUAUUGGGGAGUUGAUGAACUUUAUCUAGAAUCAUGUUGUCAACAUAAAUACCAUCAAAGAAAAGAACACGUUCACGAAGAAAUGAGAAAAGAAGCGGAGUCACUAAGGCAAAGGGAUGAGGAGGAGUUCGGGGAAGAUAAAUGUUCUCAAUAUCAGAAGUGGUUGUGGGAUAUGUUGGAAAAACCUACCACGUCUAUAGCGGCAAGGGUAAUAGCCAUCGUUUCCAUCCUAUUCAUAGUACUAUCAACAAUAGCACUUACCCUCAACACAAUCCCCAGUAUGCAAGUUAACGAUGAAAAAGGUAACUUCCAAGACAACCCUCAACUAGCGAUGGUAGAAGCAGUAUGCAUAACGUGGUUUUCUUUAGAAUACAUAUUGAGAUUCAGUGCUUCGCCGAAUAAAUGGAAAUUUUUUAAAGGCGGGCUAAACAUAAUCGACUUACUAGCCAUCCUUCCUUAUUUUGUUUCCCUUUUUCUAUUAGAGACUAAUAAAAACGCCACAGAUCAGUUUCAAGAUGUAAGGCGCGUAGUACAAGUAUUUAGAAUAAUGCGUAUCUUGCGUAUAUUAAAAUUAGCUAGACAUUCCACUGGGCUCCAAUCCUUAGGCUUCACACUACGAAAUUCUUAUAAGGAGCUAGGCUUGCUCAUGCUAUUUUUAGCCAUGGGAGUGUUGAUUUUUUCUAGCCUUUGCUACUUCGCUGAGAAGGAAGAGCCCGGUACUAAAUUCAUAAGCAUUCCAGAGACCUUCUGGUGGGCAGGAAUUACCAUGACCACGGUUGGUUACGGUGACAUAUACCCUACGACACCACUUGGGAAAGUUAUAGGAAGCGUAUGUUGUAUUUGCGGGGUAUUGGUAAUUGCGUUGCCCAUUCCUAUCAUUGUUAAUAAUUUUGCCGAGUUUUAUAAGAAUCAAAUGAGAAGAGAGAAGGCUCUGAAGAGGAGAGAAGCGUUAGAACGAGCCAAAAGAGAAGGUAGCAUAGUUUCGUUUCAUCAUAUCAACCUCCGAGACGCGUUCGCCAAAAGUAUGGAUCUCAUCGAUGUAAUUGUAGAUACAGGCCACAAUAUGUCUCAUGCCGACGGCAACAGCACCGAGGGAGAAUCGUUGGCGGGUAGCAGAAAUCAGAGUCAAACGGGUACUGGAUGCUAUAGAAAUUUCGAGCACUUUCCAAAUCGUCAUCGGCGCAGCAAUUCUUCCACUAUGCCUUGUCUUCCAACCAAUGAAGGUCCGCCGGUACCUGCUUCGCCAUCUUCUCAGAGGAAGAUCGGCAUAGAGACAGAUGAAAUGUAUCAACAAACUCCCAACGUAGCUCCGUUAGCACAAGAUGAAACACAACUGAUUCCCAGUACUCCCAAGGAAUGUGUAUCCCCAUCGGCCGAGAGUAAAAAAUCUGAUACGCUGAAGAAGACUGAAAAAAUUGAAGAAAUUCCUAGUGAAUUUGAAUGUUGUUUCUGUACAUCAAAGAACUUCAAGGAGUUUGUUGAUGCCGAAAAUCUAAUGCCCUUGACGACAAGCGAUUUUAGAAAUCCAGUUUGCCUCGAAAUGCGACUUAUCAAAGAAUCCGAACAUAGCAUGGAUCAUUUCGGCUUCCCCGAAUUGGACGUGGAAAAGAAGAACAAUGUAAAUAGCGUCGAUCUAAAUAGCAUGGAUAGUUCGGAUACUUUCGCUAGUUGCACGACACACCCUUUCAACUCACAAGGCGAUUUGACAUCUGAUAUUCUGGAUACCAAUAUUAUCGACAGCAAUUUAUAUGUCAAUCCACUGGAUAAGAGUGGAGAUAACAGUCCCGUGAUAUCUACUGGGAUCAUGAGAGGUGGAGGAGUCAAAAAAUCAGCUUCAGGUGAUACUGCCUUGAGAAGUUUGGGAACUUCUCCAAUGGACGAGAGUUUCAGAGGUUUCGGAUUGUUGGAAAGAGGAAGCAGAGUUAGUUUGAAUGAUUCACCGCACACCAAGAGCAGAAAAGCUAGAUUUCAGGGUCGUCCUCGGACCAGAUUUGGAGAAAGAGGAGGCUACUUCGAUAAUGAUUCUCAAGAAAGUUUGGAGAAAAAGAAGAGGCUGUCGUUUAUAUCUUCUAGGGGUUUGGUAUCAGCAAGUCGUAUCAUCAACCAACAUUUAUUCGGUCUACAAAAUUUAACAUUGAAAACGGGAAAAAAUAGUGGAAGCAAAUCUUCUCUAUCAGUAGACUCGAUUGACAGUCGAACAAGUCCACAAUUGGAGCUCCAUCGUCGUUCAAAAUCAAUUCUAAAGAAGUCAGACAGUAGUAGUAAUCGAAACGCUGACCCGGAAAGUGAACGAUUGAUAUCUGACAACAUGUCCGGAUCAGAAGUGGGAUUUAGUAGCGAUUACAGUCCCAAUAAAAGAUUAUCUUCUCCCCCAGCUAGUCAUAGAACAUCAAGUCAAAAAUCGACAACUAAAAAUCUGUCGACGUAUCAACAAGAAUUGGAACGAACGCGAUUACUAAAAUCCCAGCUGUUUCUAUUAGACGAUAUUUUGAAAGAAAAACAAUCGUGUAAUGAUAUGCCAAUGAUGGAUUCGAAUAAGUUGAAAAUUUGUGGUGAUAAUGUCAGUGAAGUGCCCCUGUAUAUCUGCCCACCACCUCCGCCCCUGGAUAAUUCGCCAACUGAAGAGACCAGGCUACUUUUCUGCUCUACGAUGACAGCCUCGUCCCCACGACAAACCAACAAUUCCAUAUCUAAGGGACACAAUCCGUCCUCGUAGCAGUUAGAGAAAUUUGGAUCAUCGUCUCUCGAGAGUCACGUAGACUAUCACGCAUUCAGACAACUACACAUCAACUAUUUGAAAAAAUGCAGCAAAAAAGUGUAAUAUUUCUUGAAAAUUUGAUAACAAUUGGUGCAUUUUGCGUGCUUUGUUGUUUUUUAAAAAAUAUUUUUGGGCGUUCGUUACGAACUAUUGCCGUUAGUUAGUUUUUGCAACCAUGUUAUAUUAUAAAAGCUACUACACACUUGAAUAUGAACGAAUUUCACGAUAUAAAAAAUGGAUGUGUACAAGAGUAACACAUCAACAAGGAUUCUUUUGUUAAAUGUCUUAAAAUUAUUUCGAUAGUGACCAGACUUUGGAACAUAUUUUACACUCAAAUUCAAUACUUGAGAUUUUUUUUGACAGAUGGUAUUUCGAAUUAUAAUGUAGUAAUACAUUAUUGGAUUGUCUUGGUUCUCUUCUGGAUUGUGGAUGAAUCGAUAAUAAGUGGGAUCUUAAUUAAUUACUACGAUAAAUUAACAUUAUGUAUUGAUAUAUCUGAUACAUGAAAAAAUCAACUUCUACUCAAGACGGAAUAUAGGGGAAAGUAUCCAGGGCUACAGAUUUCCAUAAAAGAGGGGCCCUCAAAAUAUAGACUUCGCAAAAUAUAAUUUUCCAAAUUCCAACUAGUAAAAAGCUGCAAACAACUUUUUUCGCUGUUUUUCGUUCGCUUAUAGUACUAUGUACCACCAUGAUUAUAUUCCUAAAAAAAUGAUUCCAUUUGUUAACACUGAAAUUUGAUGGAGGGAGCUCCACUUCUUUGUUGUCCUAAUGCCUUUAGACCUCUGUAACCGCCUCCGUUCCAACUGAUUAUUUUUAUACUUGUCAGUGUUCCCUUCUACUUCUUUUUUAAGGCCUAUUUUCCUUUUAUGGACCUUCUUUGAUAAGAUUUGUUAUCUCUUGUGAUUUGAGUUAUUGCAUCGAUAUUCACUUCUUUUCAUUAUCUAUUAUCUAUUAUUUUGAGCCUAUUACUUUUUAUCUUAGGCAGGUAUCUUUCUUUCUUCCUUGAGCCUAAGUGGUUGUGAAUAUUAUAAUCUUCAUAAUUAACUUUUCUAUAGAAUUACUUUUAAUCACCCGACCUAGUUUUCUAAUUGUUUAUAAUGUAAUAUUAAAAUUUCUGUUACAUUUUCUAUAUAUUUUCAAUUAGUCCAUGUAUCAUAUUAUCCGUCAAAAUAACAAGAUGUAUGGAUAGUUUGUAUACUAUCCAUAGUUUAUAAACCAGUCAAGGUUUUAAUCGUAGCAUACUUAGACAUAAAUGCUGUUGGUGUUCAGAUGUUGCUUGUUAAGAACUGAACAUCCUUGAUUUGAUGACCUCUUGUACACAUAUCCAUGGAAAAAAAACUUUAGUGUAAGAUUUUUUUGCGAGAAUUAAAAGUGAUAGGUGCCGCGAGGAAUUAAUUUUAGACUUUAUUUUAUAGUGAUUUUUGCAAAGUUUAUAAAAUAUUGAAAUAAAUCAUGUAUAGUAAGAAAGAUAACUGUUAUAUCGAUAACUGAAUCGAGUUUUUGAAACUGUAUUAAAAAUGGAAUUAGAACUCAAAAUUGAGAAAGAGAUCAGGAAUUGAAUGGUUGAUUUUGGCGAUUAAAGUUAUUGACUUGAACAAUAUCUGUUAACUGAGCUUUUCAUUAGAAAAAAAAUAAAAUUAAUUUAUGAGCAGAGCCAAGAUCAGUUCAUCACUUCUGUAUCCUCAGUUUUGAAAAGAUCUAUUUUGCUUUAAAAUAUUGAUAUCGAGCAUGAAUGGAAUCUAGUUGCUAUCUAUAUCUAGUUUAAUAUCAGGGACUUAUUUAUUUAAUGAUUAUUUUUCUCUAGACUUUUAAAUAUUUGCAAUAAAUGCAGCUUCUCAACCGUUUGUUCUAAUUAUAAGAAAUUCUACGAUGAGAUGAAUUUUAAUUAUUUGAAUAGGGAGUUGACUACUUAAGAACAGUAAAGAAAUAGAAGAAAGGCUGGGAGGCAAAAAUAUAAUAAGGUAUAUAAAAGCACAAAGACUAAAUUGGGCAGGACAUAUCAUGAAAAGGAAACCUUCAGAAAUGGUGAGGAGGGUAACACAAUCGAUACAUUUAUUGCCAAGAGGUAGACCAAGAAAUACCGAGAAAAACCAAAUUUGAGAAAAUACAAGAGUCAUAGAAAUAGUAGACUGGAAAACAAAAUACGAACAGGAGGAAGCUGACAAACGAAGCCAGGACCAACAAAAAACUAUAACAAAAAGAACAAGGGCUGUAAAUUACCCCAAUACAGGGAUUUAUAUGCGUACAAAGCGCUAAUCAUAAUCCAAGAUAUUGAACGGCAUAAUGAUGAUGAAGACUCAAGUGAUAAGACUUCUACAUAUUUGCAAUCAAGGUAGAUUCUCAACUUUUCGUUCUAAUUGUGAGAAAAUUUCUUUAAUGUUUUUAUGUUUUUAAAUGUUUUUGAUUUUAGGUCUCUUCUGUUUCAAAAUUAGUUUUUUUUUAAUAAUUUUAGAAGAUACAUAAAAAUUGACGUUUCGACUAAUUUCAAGUCUUUAUCAAAAUUUGAUAUUGACACUGACAAUUUGCGUAUUUAUAUUAAUCAAUAGAUCAUCAUCAUGAAUAUCAUAAUAGGAAUAAAAUCAAAAUAGAACUUGGUUCCAAUAAGACCAUUUUUAAAAAUUCUCUUUUUCGUGUAUUAAAUUUCGUUUGAGUUAUUGAAUCUUUAAAAUUGAAUUUAUGUUUUUUGAUAUUUCAUGGUUAGUUAUUGCAAUUCUAUUUUUUUUAACCAACCAAGAAAUAUCAAAAAAGCAUAAAUUCAAUUAUAAAGAUUCAAAGUCUUGAAACGGAAUCUAAUACACGAAAAAGAGAAUUUUUAGAAAUGGUUCACAUUCAUAAGAUCGGAAAAGCUAUAAAUGAUAAAAAAGACCAAAUAAUUUAAGUAAAAUUUAUAGAUCUAUUUUGUAAAUUGUAACAAAAUUACAAAUAAUUUAAUUGAUUACUGCUACAAUUUUGAGAUAUAAGAACAAAGUUCUAUUUUGAUAUUAUUUCUAUUUUUAUAAUCAUAAUGUAGGUGAUCUAUUGAUUAAUAUAAAUACGCAAAUUGGUAGUGUCAAUAUCAAAUUUUGAUAAAGACUUAAAAUUAGUCGAAACGUCAAUUUUUAGAUAUCUUUUAAAAAUUAUUAACAAAAAUAAUUUUGAAACAAAAAAGUCCUAAAAUCAAGAACAUUUAGAAACAUAAAAAUUAUAAGAAAAUCUACAUAGAAAUGAAUUUUAAACUAAUGAUUUGGAAAGGGAGUUGACUACUAUAUGAAAUACUUGCAAAUAUAUAAAAAUAAGCGCUAUUCAACAUAAAAUCUACAAAAAAAUUGAGGUCAUAUCCUGACGAAAAACACACCUAGCUUCAUAUCUAUCACAAAAAAUAGUGAAAAAAUAUUGUGAAAGAGGAAUUAAUUUUAAUGUUUUCUUCAACAGCUUCACAAACAUUUGACUUAAACUUACUUAUAGAUUGAGUUAACUCAUAGAUUUUUCAAUUUCUAUUUGGAAAUACUAGUUGUAAUCACUUACCAUAUGUUUAAAUAACAUUGGGUUGGAAACUUCAAUGCCAAUUGCUUUUGUUUGGAUUUUCUGAAUAUUAGGGAAGGGAAAGGUAAUGAUACACAUCUAAGCAAUUUUUGUUAGAAGGUUUAAUGAGUUAAUACAACAGAUAUGUCACAGUCUUUCAUUUAUGUGUUCCCUUUAAUAUAGCCAUUACCAUUUUUAUGCAAAAUAAAAAGGAUUGGCAGAGAGUAGGUAAAGUUUUGAGAUUUGUGUAGCAAUACCCUUCACGACGGUUAAUGAUAUGCAAAUGUCAAGCAAAUAAAUACUGUAAAGAUUCCUAUUCGGGCUGUCAACGAGUAAACAUCGAUUGUUUAUCGGUCGUCUAAAAGGUCAAUUAAAUAUAUACCAGUUUUUACAGUGUUGUGAAUAGUAAAAGAAUCUGGUUCUCACCAGUGGCGGACCAUUAACACAGUUUUGUCCAGUGAGAAGUAGUCUCAGAAACUGUAAGUUCACCUUACUUAUAUUGUUCUCCAAGUUAUCUAAACUUAGUGAAUUACACAUCAUAAACACAGCCAAUUCGAUUAGUACUUCACCUAUAAAAGCAGCAAACCAAUUUCGCAUGCUACUAUUUACAAAUAGCGGCCAGCACCAUAUUCCAAAUUCCGGCCAAAUAUAAUCAAAUAUCAAUGAUGUCUUCAAUCAAUAAUACACAGUCAGACACUCCUACAACAGUCAUCAAAAGCUAUUCAUCAGCAGUUAACCAAGCUGUCUUUCCAAGCAAACAACAAGCAAUCGUUUUUUCCACUAUCAACAAUGCCAAAUUACAGGACUACCUUAUCCCAUUAGGAUCAAUCAUUCAACCAAAAAAUAUUAUUUUUUCAUCAAGGCUUUCGAACAAUCGUGUCUGUAUGUACUUGGCAAACAAAUCAGUUGUUGACAACUUCAUGAACAAUUAUGGCUCCAUAACCGUCAACGGCGAAAAACUAGUAGCUCGUCGACUCAUAACUCCGGCUGAUAGAAUCAUACUUUCCAAUGUAAGUCCAACCAUCCCUCAUCAACUGCUAACAGAUGAAAUAUUAAAAUUAAGUCUAAAUCCAGUUUCUCCCAUGACGUUUCUAAAAAUCGGUGCAACAUUACCUGAGUAUAGUCACAUACUAAGCUUCAGAAGACAGAUCUACGUAAGCCCCUAUACGCAACAGCUUCCAGACUCCAUACUGAUUGAAUUCGAACAAACCAGCUACCGAGUAUACCUCCAAAAAGAUGGACUAACAUGUUACAAAUGCAAAGCUGAUGGUCAUAUAGCCUCACAAUGUAUAAAUAACUCCAGCCAAUCAGAACCUAAUACAUAUAGUUCAACAUCAAAUAUUCAACCGCUCUCGACUUCCCAAACUCUUCUUACAACCCAAAUCCAAACUCUUCCACCAUCUUCGUCAACAAAUAACAUCAAUACACAAAAAUUGACUUCUUAUCCAACAACAAAAGACUCUUCACUUAAUCAAGAGACGCCCGCAACUUCAACGAAUAUGGAAGCAGAAACGGAUGCAACAGAUAUUCCCAAAAUCACAAACAAAAGGCCUAUGGAAGACACCCCCACACCCGAUAGCGAAAAUAACAUAACGCCCGAAAAAUUAUUCCCUAAGCCAAAACCAAUACUAAAAAAGAAUAAAA